CAGCCUGCCUGAUCUUGAGACGUGAGAAAAGUGUCAACCAGGCAGUUCCUUCUGUGACGCAAUCUCCGCGUUUCACGGCGAUCCGCGCACUCCCCAUCCGCUUGUUGCGCUCGCGUUCGACUGUUUCCCGAUCUGCCCGGUCCUCGCUCACGAGUUCUACAGGAAAUCGCUGGCGUGAGGGUCCGUUGGUGUGUCCAUUGCUGCACAUAUUUCCAGCUGAGCCAUGUUUGGCUCGCGCCAUCUCUCCUUCACCGAUGCCUCCUCCCUCCUCUCCUCCCCCGCCGAUUCCGCCGCUGAUUCCGCAGCCGGAGGACUCAACUCCCGCCGCCCCAGCUCCCCGCUCCUUACCGUCUCCAGCGAGCCCGACAUCGAGCACAGCGGCGGAGGCGGGGGGCACACCGGGCGCGCGAGCAGCUUCGGGGGAACGGGCGGAGCGGGGAUAAUGUCCGGGCUAGGCGCGGGGGGCAUGGGUGGGGAGGCUCGGCGCGUGCGCACGCGCAUGCCGCUGGAGAACCAUGCGCCGGUGGCGCCUUCGGAGGGGGGAGUGGCUAUUCUGCGCGGAUCCCUCAACACGGACCUCUCCUCGUUAACGGCCGCGUCAGCUCUGCUGCCCUACACGCGCGACUUCAUCUUCCCCGGCGAGCUGCUGCAAGUCGUCGUCCACAGGACGCCCAUCGACCCCCUCCUCUCGCACCCCUCCUUCCCCGAACCUCCGCUCGCCGAGCCUCCCGGCGAGGCCCGGGACAGCAGCGGGCAGCAUCCGUACCACCAGCCGGUUUUGUCCGGGGAUUCAGGGGCGGCUAUAGGCGUGAGCGGCGGCGGUGGGGGGGGAGGGGAAGGUGGGGAGUCGGCUGUGGUAGCAGCAGAUGGGUUGAGUGCGGUGGGGCCGUUGAGUGGUGGAGUGAGUGUGGGGGGGAGGGAGGAUGGGGAGGUGCGGCAGCAGAGGACGAGGGAGCUGCUGGAGAUAGCGCAGCGGUCGCUGUACGACGUGCACUUGAGUGAACCCAUGGAGUCUGCCUCACGGGUUCAAAACCAGCAGCAGCAGCAGCAGCAGCAGGCAGGGAGGGAGGCGGUGCAGACGCCAAGCGCGUUUGGAGUGAUGCCAGUGCCGGCCGACAUAGCAGGAUACGACCCGGCCACGGCAGCAGGGCUAGGCAGACGUGUUGUCUCCACGUGCUCUCUGCCCAAUGGAGACGUUGUGGUUUUGCUGGAAGUGGCAGUGUCAACCACCGCGCUCAUCCCGGACGCCACUCUCGAGAUCCGCCAGUUUGAGCGCUUUCCCAUGCCCUUCGGGCCCCCCUCUGCCGCCACUCCUCCUCCCGCUGUCCCUACUGCUGCUGCUGAUGAUGAAGGUGGUGGUGCUGACACUGAUGCCGCCGCCGCUGCUGCUGCUUCUUCUUCUGCUGAUGGUGCCACUCCGCAGGCGUCCGACAGCCGUGGCAAAUCUCUUCCCCCCCCUGCUCUUGGCACUACUGGAAAAGCAGAAGCAGCAGCAGCAGCAGGGGCCCUGGAAGAAUCUCAAGAUCUGCUGUUCUGGCUCUUCCCCUUGGAGCGCCUCCCUCCUCUCUCCACCGCUACCCCUGCUGCAGCUGCCCGGCCAGCCAUCCCUCUCCCUGCCGUCGCCACAUCUGGGUGGGGCACCCCCUCCGCCUUUAACUUCACUGCUGCCGCUCCCCCGACCCCCUCCGUCGCACCGAGCACCCCCGUUGGGUUCUCCCUCUCCCUCCCCCGCGUUUCCACGCCUUCGGCAUCCACCCUAGCAGCAACCAGCACUCUUGCCACCACGGGGGGAAGCUCCCCAUCCAACUCCCCCAGAAAACGCCACUCUUCGGGGUUUAGAGACGACGCGGGGGGAGGGGGAGGCGGCGGCGGAGGGGGGACGGUUCUGGGCGGGUUGGCGUGGGGAACGCAUGAGACAGGGGCGGUGGGGUGGGAGGGGCUGCUGUCAUUCCGAGGGGUUCCUUUGGAGCCUCAGCGGUUCAGUGGGAACUGCGGGCGGCUGGGGCCGUUUGUGCCAGGGAGGAAGUGGGUGCGUGGCGUGCGUGUGCUGCAGCCGCUGUGUGUGGAGAGCUACACUGCGGAGUGUGGGCACGAGGAUGUGAUCUGUGUGAUGGUCGAGAACAUUCUUCCCCGCGAGGGCGCCACAGCAGGCGUGAUUCUGUAUGUGGACAGCAUCAGCCUGGAGGCGCGGUCCUCCGUGUCCAUGUCCUUGCAGCAGUCCCUGCCCGUGCACGUCGCCCGCCUCGAGAGCGGCUCCAGCAAGGAGGCGCUCCCGGGCCUCCCGCUCAGGCCGGGCGAGCAGCACUCGUUCAUCAUCACGCCCCAGUGCUCCGGCAACGCCCAGAUCGUAAAGGCACCCUCCGGGGCGAACAAGGACGGGGGAGGGGGCCGGGGCAGACGACUAGCCGGAGGGGGAGGAGGGGGCGGAGGAGGAGGAGGGAGUGCGAGGGGCGGGGGGGCGCUGGGAGGGAACGAGGGGUCGAGCAAUUCCCUUGCAGCCGCGUUUUCGUUCACCCGAAUGGCGGAGAAGACCCUGGCUUUGGAGGAGGAGUCGGAGGGGGAGGAUAUGCCGGUGGAUUCGUCUCCGGAGUACUCGCUUAUUAUCAGCUGCAGCUGCUCGCACACAGCUGCCCAGCUGCGCUAUCGCCACCCUCUCGCAUGGCGGCCGCGCCCCCCUCGCGACCUGUUGCUCUCCAUCUCGCCAGAUAACAUCUCCUCCGCCUCCCCUCCCUCUUCCUCUUCCUCCUCCGCCUCCUCCUCCUCCCUCCCCACUGGCACUGAUGCCUCUGCCUCGACUUCUGCCUCCUCGUCUCACAUCCUCACCCUCCCUGAUGGCACUCUCGUUGCUGCUUCGCCCUCCUCUGGCCAGUACUCCAGGCCGCUGACCGUGCGAGUGCGAGUGACCAACCUCACAGCGUCAGACCUCAACCUCACUCUCCUAGCGCCCACCACUCUCGCCGCCACCUCCCUCUCGCGCGUCUGCUUCCCCACCUCCCCGCGCCACUCCUCCAAUCUCCUCGCUGGGGACUCAAGCGCCGACCCGCUGCUUCUGGAGCAGCAGCAGGGGCAGGGGCAGGGCCAGGGGGAGGAGGAUGGAAGCGAGGACGAGGAGGGGUUGUCCCCUGCUAUGUCGCCUCUCCGGGUGUUCAAGUCAUCUACUCUUGCUGCUUCUUUGGACCCCCCUGACGGCUCCAGGUCUCUCGUUCUCCCUGACUUCCUCCGCAACCGCUCCCUCCACCCCAAGCCACCCCCUUCGCUCUCCUCGGAACCCGCUGCCGGCAAACCACUGGGCAUCAGCAGCAGCAGCAGCGGCGGCGGCCGGGAGGGGGGUAUGGGAGAGGGUGGGUCCCAGAACCUACCUGUUUCUGCUUCAGGCUCGGGGGGAGGAGGAGCAGGAGGAGCAGGAGGAGCAGGGGAUGGGAGGGAGAGGAGUGUGUCUGCAGCAGAGCUUGUGGCCAUGCAUGUGCCGCACAGGACGCACCUGUGGCUGCAAUCUGUCGUUCCCAUGGGCAAGGUGCCGGCGCUGGGCACGUCGGAGGUGCGAUGUGAGCUGGUGCCGCUGGUGGACGGGCUCAUCAACCUCGACACGUUGCACAUCACCACCAAGCGCCGAGACACGCUGUUCUUCCCAGAGCACCCGCUCAAGAUCUACUGCCCUCCCGGCUUCUCUGCGAAGUCCGAGUCGUCCUCCUCCCCAACAAACCACGCCCCACACGCCACCCCACCUGCCGCGCCUGCUGCUGGUCCCACUUCUGUCUCAACUGCUGGCGCUGGCGCUGCCUCUGCUACCUCUGCUACCUCUGGUGCUGGCACUGCCAUUCCUGCAAGUGCUUAUGGAGGGGAACCGCCUUCUCAUGCUGAUGCCAGUCUCAGUGCGUCUGGUGCUGCUGCUUCUGGUUCUGGUUCUGGUUCUGGUUCUGGUGAUGAUGGUAGCAAUGGUGGUUUUGAUGGUGCCGACGAUGUGUACGACGACAGCCAUGGCUCCGUUGAGCCUUUGGCUUAGGAAGGACUGAUGGCUCCCUAAUUAUCUGCAGUGCUGUUGCUCGGAAGGAAAGUGUAUGUAACUAAUGAAUAGGUUGUUUUACCAUAGGAUUAUCCAACCAAGUGAACAGUUUGGGUCGGUUUAUUC